AUGAUAAAUAUCCCAGCAACUGAAAAUCUUCCAGCAGCCUUUGAAUCUUAUCGCACAGAAGAUCCUUAUAUUUUAUCAGAAGAAGAAAGGCUCAAUCUUUUACGCAAGUUUCAUAUAUAUGAGCAACUUAUUGAAGAAUUCCCAGUUUCAAUAGGAAAAGAAGCGUCUAGAAAAGAAAGAGAUACAAGGGUCGAUAUUUUACAGUCAGAAAGCACUUUAACCUAUGGAGAAGUUGAGUUUAUUUCAAUGGGAGAAGUCUUUGAGACUAUAAAAGCAAGAUAUGGAGGAAUCCCUGAAGGAGGCUGCUUUUAUGAUUUAGGGUCUGGAACAGGGAAAGGAGUGCUUACUGCAGCGCUGUUGCAUAGUUUUAAUCAGUGCAAAGGUAUUGAAAUUCUACAAGGGCUGUAUCAGAUUUCAAGCCAGAUUAAGGAAAAAUAUGACUUGGAGUUUCUUCAUUUUGUGCAGGAAAAUCCUGAUUUGUGGACAAAGGCUCCAGAAAUUACAUUUUAUUGUGGGGAUUUUUUUGAAAAUAAUUUGUCUGAUGCCAGUUUUAUUUUUGCGAAUUCGACUUGCUUUAGUAUGGAUAUGAUGAGGAGGAUAGGAAGUUUUCCAUUUAAACCAGGUACAAUUGGCGUUACUUUUACUAAAAGUUUGCCAGCAGAAUCGUGGGAAAUUUUGGAAAGUAUAAAAAAGAAUAUGAGUUGGGGUGAGGCUACUGUUUAUAUUCACCGUAAAAAAUAA